AGAACUUUGGCAUUUCUGGCGUGAAUAGUUAAACGGAAGGGCAAAAGAAGCGUGGGAGACACACACACACACAACAGGGGCCUCUGCUUGCUGAUCGGUGUGUGCGGGCCGGUGCGUUCGCCCGCCCAACUUCCGAGGUCCUUACGUUGUCAAUCCCGCUGAAAGUGCAUUACCGUUUUCGUUUGGAAAACGAGCUUGUCGGAGGCCGAAGCGCGCUACGCGUCACAUCUUGUUUCUCUACUGGCACAGGUUUUUAUCUUUAGGUAAUUCCGCACUUUCAUCGCACCCGCACGGACGCACGCUUUCUCUCGCCAUGACAGAGGUGCAGACACGUGGCGGCAGCCAAAAUGACGCGGGCGAAGUGGUCGAGUACUUGCAGCUGGUGGGCAGGCGCUACCGCGAGCACGUCGAGCUGCUCCGGCAAGAGCAGGAGGUCCGCGAGGCCCAACGCGCGCCGUUCAAACCGACCAUAACCGCGUACGCGGAGCAGGCGAGUAAAACAUCGGUGGUGCGGCAGGGCUCCUCUAUCGGCAACCGCCUGCACGAACUCCAUCAGAAAAGAAUCGCCCUUCUCGCCGAGGAGGCCGCGGGAAACGCAGCACGGCGCGAGAGCGAGGCCCAAGAAGUCUGCACCUUUGCGCCUGCGGUGACCGCGAAAGCGGAGCACUCCACCCGGCGUGACGGCGACGUCAGCGUGUCGCUCACCCGCUGGGAGGAGCAGCGACGGGCGCGGCAAGUGCGGCGACAGGUGGAGGCGGCUCGCAGUGAACUCAGCACCGUCACCGGGGUGCCCCGCAUCUCCGCCUACGCGGUGGAGAAAGCGCAGGCGGAGCGCCAUCGACGUUCUGUGCCGAUUCAAGCGUCGUUGAUGGCCGAGGCGGAGGCCCGUCGGCGCCGUCAGUACACCGCCUUCGAGCAGAGCUACACGACCGCCUCCACGACAUCGAUGCGAAACGACGGCAGCAGCGGCAGCAUCAACGGUGAUGGUCGCUCCUCCCCUCGCUUUGCGCCGGUCAUCUCGCCCUACGCCGCCAACAUCCAAUAUGAGCGCGGCGUCGUGGAUCGCCUCUACACACGCCACCGCGCGCAACAGCAGCAGAAUCAAAAGGGAGGCGCCAGCGGCGUGUACGACGAGGAGGUGGAGCUGCACUGCACCUUCCAACCGCAGCUCUCACCGCAGUCCACGGCACUGUCGACGCUAUACUACGCGGAGUCGGGCGAGGUGGGGGCCGAUCCACACGAGCGUCUCUACCGCAACGCGCAGCACGCGUCGAAAUACCGCAAGUCGGUCCUGCCAGAUGAGCGCGGCGACGGCCGACCGGGCAUCAACGACAGAUCGCGGCACCUCGUCGAGGAGCGGCGACGACAGCUGGCAGCGGACGGCAAUCCCGGUGCACUGGGCCACAGCCCCGGCAGUCGCCUGUACCCGGGCAGCACCACCAACCCCACGGCGUCGCCCUCGCCGCCGCGGCCGACCUUCAAGAAGAAGGUCGUGACGGCCAGGGACAUCGAGCUGCAGACGGCAUUGACCUUCGCCCCGUCCGUCAGCGCUGCCUCCGACGCCCUCUGGCGGCAGCGCGUGCGGGCCCUCAAAGCAACCGGCGUCGCCCGCACCGAGGACGAGGCGCGGCAGCUGCUGUGGCGCAAGGCGGAGAAGAAGAGGGAGGAGGAGAUAGCGAAACUGCAGGGGCAGCGGCGCAGGGAGGAGGCGGCGGCGUGCACCUUCCACCCAACGGCGGGCCGGCCGCCGCACCGCCGCUCCGGCUACAUCGCGAUGCCGAUUGAAGCCCGCACUACGCUGUGGGCGAAGCAGCGCGAGGCCCGGCUCGCAGAGCUGCGCGACGAGCUCGAGGGCUCCACGCUAGAGGAGUGCUCCUUCCAACCACACGUCGACCCCGUCUUCCCGUUGCCGCGGCCGGAGGCCAAGUUGGCGACGGGGGUGGAGACGUUCGUGGAGCGGCAGGCGGCGGCACGGCGGCUGCGGGAGGCGGCGAAGGAGUGGUGGCGGCCGAAGUACGCCCGCACGCCGGGGUUGGCCUCCGCGAACACCUCAAACAAUCUGCUGCGGCCACGCAUUAAUGUCGGCCCCAAUGCCUCGACGACGCCACGCAGCGCCGCCAGCGGUGAGACGUCCCUCAAGGGGAACGCCAGUAUAGCAGACCGCACCGGCAGCCCGCUGCAACGCAUCGCCACGAGCACCUCUGCCGAUGGCCAUCAUGACGACGAACCGGAGGAAGACGAUGACGAAGUUUUCGUGCAGCACUGGGCACGGCGGCCGCCCAGCACGUCCCUCACGGCCUCAUCCUUCUCGCACCCAUCGCAGCCAGAGGUGCCGUCGGCGGAGUCGUCGCCGCGGCAGCUGGCCUUCGUGGUGCGACAACCCGCGGCGGUGUCUUCGCGAGAGGAGAGGGACGCGGCAGCCGGACCGUAUCGGUGGCAGCGGAGUUCCCCAGAUGAGAGGGCGGGCCGCACGACGACGACGCCACCGGCGUGGCGCAAGCCGCUGCGAUACCGCGCUCGUUAG